AUGUAUGGAUUCAGCAUCAAUAAUAAUAUCAACAACGGCGAUGAUAACGGAAGUAUCCCCGAGUCAUUUUAUACCAAUGGAGGCUUGAAACUAAGGGUUGUUUGGCCUAUUAGCUCGUUAAUCGCAGCAUCAGCAAGACAUUAUUUGCUUCAAUCUAUAAUUGCAGAGCAUAAGACGCUGGAUAGCUUGCUUUUAACUAAUGCGGAUGGACAAGGGGUGCUUUGUAUGAACGGUGAUCAGCUUGAGGAGUUGAGAGUGAAGCCAUUAUCGGCUUCUUCGGCUUUAAAAAGGACGCUGGUUCCCGCAUUGAAUAUGAGGCUUUGGUAUGCUCCUCAUUUGGAAUUGCGUGAUGGGAUCGUUUUAAAAGGUGCUACUUUGGUAGUUAUAAGGCCUACUGAACAAUCUGCUUCGAAAAAAGAUAUUUCUGAUGCUUCUUGGUUAUCAACUGCUUUUGAAGAGCCUUAUCGGACUGCAACUAAGAUGCUGGUUAAGAGAAGGACUUACUGUCUGGAGAUGAACUCUUUCUGAUGUCCGCUUCCUGCUCUGUGCAGGGAAAGCUGCACCAAUGGUCUUGGGGGUAGAGGUGAUAGCAUGCUUUCGGAAAGCUGAUGAUAAGACCACAAUUUUGUUAGGUACUGUUGCUUAAUCUCGGGGAAGUGUCCUAUAAAAACUAAA